AUGAGCUUGAAAGAAGUAUUCGAACAACAUCCAUGGAGGUCAUUUAAGAAGUUCAAUGAAGCUGCAAAGAGUUGGGGAUUUACUAACAGAGCUGAAGUGAAAAGGUUCUUUGACAAAAAUGUUGUACAUCAAACAAAAAUAAACCCUUACGACUACUUUUUACCAAUUUACUCCAACACUCCUGACGCAUACCAAUUUGACACUCUCAUUCAAAGCAGAAAAGGAGGACAUAAACCAUUCCUCAUCUUCAUUAAUGUUAACACUCGUAAAGCAUAUGCAUAUCCAAUGAAAAAUAAAGGAACUCGUGAAGUGUUAAGAGUUUUACAAAAGUUUGUAGCAGAACAUAGCCCAAGUACUUUAACAUCAGACCAAGACAGUGCAUACCUCAGCAAUGA